AUGGCAGCAAGUGUUGGCGAGCGGCGCCUCUUCGUGGGUGGCCUCGGGCCCACGGUCACGCAGGACGACGUGCGUGCGCAACUGGGCCGCUUCGGGGCCGUAUCCUCAGUCGAGCUCGUGUCUCGGGUGGACGUGCUCGGGAACCCGGAGAAGACCUUCGCUUAUGUUAACGUAGCACUGUCGGAGGCAGCCCUACAAAAAUGUCUGUCAGCCUUGAACAAGACGGCAUGGAAGGGUGGCACUCUGCAGGUCCAGUUGGCCAAGGAAAGCUUCUUGCACAGACUGGCAAAGGAGAGGCUGCAGGCCAAAGCAAAGCAGGAACAGCAGUUCUCAGGUGACCCUACAGCAGGCUCAGAGACAUCUUUGGGGAAGAAUGGCAUCUUGGAGUUCCACAUGAAAGCUGUGCCAGGAACAGAAGUCCCAGGACACAAGGAUUGGGUGGUGAGUAAAUUUGGAAGAGUAUUGCCUGUCCUUCACCUUAGAAGUCAGAAUAAACGCAAAAUCUUAAAAUAUGAUCCAUCAAAAUAUUGCCACAACCUCAAGAAGUUCGAACAAGACGUCACAAACACCGUCUCCAUUUCCGACCUCACUUGGAAAUUGGAAGGAGGAGAUGACACAAUGAGUAAGAAACGACAGGGACAGUUUCCUGCAUUCAGAAACUGCCCUCCUAAAAGAGCAAAGGUGGGGGGCAGUCACUGCUCUCCAGCCCCUCCAAGUGUAACACAACAGCCAGGUGUUCAAAAAACAAAUCUCGGGCCAGUCAAACUUCCUACAUCGGCGUCCUCUAGACAUAAGAACAGUCAGAAGCCAGAGACGGUGUUUCUUCCAACUUCAAAAUCGCCCUUUGUUAGGAGGAGAAAUACCAUGUCUGAUGACGAUCUCGAUUCUGAAGAUGAAUUAAAAGCUCUGAUAGCAGAAGAGAAGAAAUCACAGAAGACGGCCUUCUUUGAGACAGACAGCACCGAAGGGAACUCCUUCGAAGUGGUCAGCAGUGAUUUCAAGCCAAGUCUAGCCAGUUCAGGGGUGAAGCAGGCUUCUUGCUCAAACAGUACCAGUCAUCCUGCGGAGAGCGACAAAGAGUAUGACUCUGGGGACACGGAUGAAAUCAUUGCUGGGGGUAAAAACAGUGACCAGAACAAAGGUAAGGCCAAAAUGUCACCAAAAAGGAAAGCCAAAGCCAAAAAGGACUGUUUGCAAAAUAGAACGGAUCGUCUGUCUUCUGGUCAGAAUACUGAAAUUAGGAAAAGGAAGCAUUCCUCCGGUAACGAAAAAGAGUCCAGCGUCACGCGGCCCACUAAAAAUUGUGCUCCUCCUGAAUCCGAGGAGGAGUCUGAAGAAAACCUGGAUUAUGACUCCAUGAUGGCAAACUGCUAUCGCCUUGACCUCACCUUGGCUGAUCUAGAAAGACUGGCCAGCGAAGGUCUGCAGAGCGCAGGGGACAGUGACGAUUGUGCUAAGCAGGAUCUCCCCGGGAGAAAGGUCCCGGAUUCUGGCCAGAAGAGGAGGAAGGCUCCCAACAGAAGGGCCCAGUGCAUCAAUCCGAGUGACAUUUUGGCUUCCCUUUUAGAAGGGGAAGAGAUCAGUGACCAGAAGCCACCCCAGGAGAAUAUGUGGAAAUCCAAGUUUCAGGCUUUCAAAGGUGUGGGAGCCCUCUAUGAAGGGGAGACGCCAAGCAAAGCCUUUAAGAGCACUGGUGUCUUUGCCCACAAGAAAGGUCAUCAUUCUUGGAACCAGGAAGCUUCUACUAGUCCUAAGGGAAAACAGGCCUUUGGUUCUAAUACUUGUUCCAGUGAGGAAAUGACCCCCCCUCGAGGCGGAAGAGAAGCAAAUGAGGCAGAUGGUCCUGGCAAAGCUCCAAGGAAGAGACAAGCAAGCAGGGACCAGUGUACCACUGAACAGUCAUCUACUUCUGGUUCUGAAUGUGAAAAUGGUUUGGCUUCUAGCCUGUCAUCCUCGGGCACUAAGACACCCUUAGGUGUUUCUGCAAAGACUCAUAGGACAGACUUGGGAAGUGAUGCUGGAAUGGGAAAACCCAAGCAGGGAAAGAGCGAUUCCUUCCCCCUCAGGCCUUCUCCAGGGCAAGAACCUAAGCUUGUAGUUCUGAAAACCGAUGCCAAGAAACCCAUCCAGGUCUCUGUUGAAAAAGUUAGCGCAUUUUCCUGUAGGCAAGGAAAGGCCCCAAGCGGGUCUCAGGAGGAGACUGAUUGCCCCCCACCUCGGAUCCCUUCAUCAGAUGCCCUCAGCCCUCCCAAGAACUCCCAGGAUAAUCAGAAACGCUUGGCGGCCCUGGAGGAGAGGAAGAGAGAACGGGAGCUGCAGAAGCAGCUGGUGCACAGUGCUCUUUCCAGCGUGGACAGCUCUCUAGCGAGCAAACCAACUCACAUCGUGUUUGGCUCUGACAGUGAAGAAGAAACGGAAGAGAAAGGUGGCAACGAGCAACCUCUCCCUGAAAACAGAGUAAAGCAGGAUCUGACUGGUAAGACCUCUGGGAAACUCUUUGAGAGCAGUGAGGAUGACGAAGAGGAGAGUGACGACGAUGAGGCCCGAUUCCAGAUUAAGCCCCAGUUUGAAGGCAAAGCUGGAAAGAAGCUCAUGAACUUACAGUCCCACUUUGGGGCUGAUGACCGAUUCCGAAUGGAUGCUCGCUUUUUGGAAAGUGAGAGUGAAGAGGAAGAGGAAGCAGAAGAGAUCAAAAAAGCAGAAACAGCUGAGGAAGAGGAGCUCGUGGCUGAGAAAAAGAAAAACCUGGAUGUGAUUAAAAACCUUCUACGCACUGGCCAUCCAGCUCCGAAACCAAGCCAAGAGGAAAUGGCCGCAAAGCAGUUCAGGAAUAUCGUACGGUAUGAUCCCACAAGGCUAGACCAUGCCACGUUUGAAAGAAAAACAGACCCUGAGGAGAAGGAAAGCAAAGCCAGACGCAGGAAGAAGAGGGAGGAAGCAGAGAAGCUGCCCGAAGUGUCUAAGGAUCUGUAUCACAGCAUCGCUGCUGAUCUGAAGGACAGGUUCAGGGCCACAGAGCCAGCCCCAGGGGGCACAGGAGCCACCGGCCCCUGGAAUGAGACACCCGAGGAAAUGGAGAUGACUGAGGCCCCCUCAGCGGGUCCCAGCGAGUUCACCUUCUCCUUCUUUGGAUCAGACAGCAGCGGGCCCAAAGAAGAGCCGUACAAGAUUGAAGCAAGGGCACCUGGACGCAUGGCCUGGCAGCAAGACCCUCGUUUCCAGGACAGUAGCUCUGAGGAGGACGACGAGGAGGAAGAGGUCGAGCCUGACAAUGGGAGCAGAGAGGCGGCAGGAGCAGGGGAAGUGCCGUUACCGGAAAAACCAGCCAGUCGCUUUUUCUUUUUCUUGGAGAACGAUGAACGACUAGGUGUGGGGCCUGCGUCAUUCUGGCAAGGCUCAGGAAGCCGUGCCAGCAGCGAAGACUGGGAAUCCAGAACCGUGCUUCUACUGCAGGACUGCCGGAAGAAACACAAAGCAGCCAAAAGGAAAGCCAAGCCUUGAAGAAUGUCCUUCAGGGGCCAGGAGCUGUAGAAGGAGCAGGCUUCAGGGCAAAGCUCCUCCCAGGCUUGGGAACAGAGGCCCAGCUUGGGAGUCAGGCUGUUGGCCCUGGGUUUGAGUUCUGCCCCAGACAAAUGCUGGCCCAGACAGGACUGCAGCCUCUCUAUGAAGCCCCACACAACGAUCCCUGCAGCCAUUUACUCUGGCAAGGGGAUCAGAUAGUGCCAGGCUGGUGUGGCACCUAUGCCCCACUCUGAUGAAGCAGCAGGUACAGAUGCCCACAAAGCCUGGCCCUGCGUGUGCCAUGGGCCGGGCUGUAGACAGAAGGGGCGGCUGACCUCCCUCAGACUUGCCUGAAGAACGUGAUAAUGUAGACGGGCCAACAGCUCCUGUCGGGUUCUCUCCUUGGGCUUUCAGAAAGCUUUGGAACCAAUGAAAGAUUGACUGGUGUGAAAAGGGAAAAUCCAAAAAUUGGUCCUGGGGAGCCUUUGAGGCCCAUUUCUGAGGGCCCCCCUUUCUCUGUUUGCAGUGCUGCCCUUUGGGGCUCCAUCAAUAAGAAUGCUUACUGGAC